AUGGCUACACCUCAAGCCCAACCCGACCUGAGCGACCAUGCCGCCGAGGCCCUCCAGGAUUUCUUCGGCCAACUCUACGUUUUCUUCGAGACUAUCUGGACCAGGUUCUGGAGAAAUGGCUAUGCCUCGAUCGCGCAAAUGAGCGGCAAGCGCUGGACCAAAGUUAUUGGCAGUGUAGUCUUCUACCUGAUCGUCCGACCCUACAUUGAGAAAUUGUUCAAGUGGAUGCAUGAUCGUGAUCGCCGCAAGGAGAAGGAGAAGAAGGAGAAGGAGAGAGCCGAAUUCGGCAAAGUCAAGGUGUCACCCAACUCCCUCCGCAGUGGUGGCGGUGGUGGUGGCGACAAGGGCAAGGUCCUCGGUGAAGUCGAAAACACCGACGACGAGCUCGAGGACGAAGAGGAUGUGAUGGCUGCUGCCAGUGGAGUCCCGGAGUGGAACAAGAUGGCGCGCAAGCGCCAGAAGAACUACAUCAAGAAUGUCAAGAAGGAUCAGCGCGCGCAGGACCUGAGCCGUGAACAGAUCAUGGAAUUGUUGGACUGGAGCGAGGACGAGGAGCACGCUCCCCAGGACAAAAAGGAUCUAUGA